AACGAUGUUAAUUACAUUCUUGGCUGAGCACGAAGGUUAAUUAUGAGGCGUUUAAAUCAAGAGGGAGUCCCGGCAGACACGCUCUCGACUAAGCCGGACGAGGAUCAGGAUCUAGGUACAUCGGAUCCUCAGAAGAUGGAAAUGAUGAUCGCUGUCGCACGCCGUGCAUUAACAGAAAGUGAGAGAAUAAUUAAUAUGAAUCAUCUAGCCGGAGGCAGGCUUGCUCUGUGAGAGAGAGAGAGAGCUAGGAAGCUGUUUGGUUAACUAAUCACCGUCGCUUUUGCAAGUGAUCCUUCGUGCUUCCCUCUCAUAAGACGGUGUAGGAUUGUAAGGGCGCGUUUACACGCAGAAGACGCGUAUGCCUUUAUAAUCGAUUCUAUUAGAAAGCAGCACGGUGAGGACUGUGUUAUAUGGGAAGCUCACUCCGCUGAUAAGAUUAUAAUUUAAAGCAUGUCCAUUCGACAGUGGCUUCAUUUGGGGUCCGUGCAGCCGCGCUGUUUUACGGACACGCUGGAGUCUGUGUAGGUCAUUUCCAAUAUGCGUAAGAACAGGGGUGGCCAAAGUCGGAGAAUCCACUCCUGGUCUUUGUUCCAACCCUGUUCUAAAUUAUUUAAUUGAACCAAUUAAACGUGCAGCCAGAGCAGACCCUGAAGGACUUCAGGAGUUCGUUUUUACCUGUUAAACGUGGAGUGGACUGGCUCUUCGGGACCGCGAUUCGACACCCCUGCAUUAAAAAAACAUGUCCAUCGAUUAUACAACCUCCGAGACAGACGCGUAGCAGCGCAGGAAAGACAACGGGCUAUUUACUAAUAAGCACUGUACAACUGAGACAGACGGAUGGAUAGAUAGAGAGAUGGAUAGAUCGAUACACACAGAUAUAUCGUCACUCCACCCCAGGUUCGGGAACGCGCUCUCCCGGGUACGCGCAUCCCGUCUGCCCGCCCUGUGAUUUCAAACAGAUUCACUCAGCAGAGAGAAGAGAGCAGAGAGCUGCAAACGACUUGUUCUCAGUCUCUUUAAAAAAAAAAAAAAAUACUUUAAACAACAGUGCAAAUAUGCAGCCACAGAGAGGAAUCUGAAAGAAGCUUUUGAAAGCAAGCUUUUUUUUUUUUGAGCGAUUAAUUACAGCUAUUUGAGUUACUAAUUUCCUGCUAAGAAAAUAUCCGAUAUAGUACUAAAGAAGCCGGUUUCUGAAAAUAAAACACCGCUUCAAUUUACUCAGAUUGUGUAAGGAUUUUAAAUAGCCUUGUGGCGCCCUGGUGUGCUGUGUCUGUAGAUAACUGUUAUUACCGCUCUGACGCGGUCCGAGUGCCAUGGCAGGUAGCCGGGCGCCAGGUGUGUUGUUGCUAGGGCUACUCCAGCUCGCGCAGUCCAGCGGGCAGGUACCCAGCUGCCUCGAGGUGCGCUCGUCCUUUCAGCUCCUGCACCCAGGGGUGAAGUGGGCACCCGAGAAGCCCGUCUCAGGGUCGGACCUGCAGGUGUGCCUCCCCAAGGGGUCCACGUGCUGCUCCCGCAGGAUGGAGGAGCGGUACCAGGCAGCGGCCAAGCAGAGCAUGGAGCUCAGCAUGCAGGCCUCCAGCACCGAGCUCAAGUCCCUCAUCAUCCAGAACGCAGCGCUCUUCCAGGAGGCGUUUGACGUGGUGGUCCGGCACGCACGCAACUACACGGCGCUGCUGUUCCGGGGGCAGUGGGCGGGGCUGGCGGGUGAGGCGUGGGGCCCGGUGACACAACUCUUCAAGGACGUGUCCCUCUACAUACUGGGCUUGGACACCAGCGUGGACGACAUGGUCAACUCCUUCUUCGACAGCCUCUUCCCCACUGUAUAUCGGCACCUGCUCAGCGGGCCCGCAGGGGGCUCCGGGGACCAGCCCUCGGAGGAGUGCCUGAGGGCCGCGCGGAGGGACACGGGGGCCUUCGGACCCCUGCCCAAGCUCAUCAUGACCCGCAUGUCCCGCUCCCUGCUGGCGGCCCGCGUCUUCCUGCAGGCGCUGAACCUGGGCAUCGAGGUGGUCAACACGACAGACCACCUGCGCUUCGGCAAGGACUGCGGCCGCACCCUGCUGCGGCUCUGGUACUGCCCGCACUGCCAGGGCCUGCUGGAGGCCAGGCCCUGCCUGGGGUUCUGCCAGGCUGUGAUGCAGGGCUGCCUGCUGCAGCUGUCCGAGGUGCAGCCCUACUGGCAGGGCUACAUCCAGGGGCUGGCGGGGCUGGCGGGAGGCAUGCAGGGGGUGUACGACCUGGAGAACAUGCUGCUCAAACUCCACACGCUCGUCAGGGACGCCGUGCUGCACGCACACAGGAACCGGCUGCGCCUGGCCGCUCUGGUCAGCAGUAUGUGUGGUUACUCCUCGCAGCGGCUAGCUCACUCUGUCCACUCCCCCAAGGACGGGCCUGCUCACCAGCGAGGGCUCAAGAGCGCCCCCGUCGACCCUCACGAAACACUGGCUGGACGCAGAAGGGAGUUCAUCGACACCCUGCAAGGGUUCACUCAUUUCUACAGCAGCCUGCCGGAGGCGCUGUGCAGCCGCGAGUCUGCCGUGCUCAACGACUCCCUCUGCUGGAACGGGCAGGACAUCGCGGAGAGGUACCCUCCCCCGGCAGUGAAGAAAGUGCAGACGCAGAGCCCAGACACCAAGCCCAAGACGCUGGAGCCAGUUAUCAACCAGAUCAUCGACAAACUGAAACACAUUAAUCAGUUGUUGCGGAGGGUGUCGGCCCCAAGGCGCAGGGUGAAGGGUCGCCCAGCAGGGGGCGAGCUGGAGGAGGAGGCACUGGAGAGCGGGGACUGUGACGACGAGGACGAGUGCAGCGGCUCUGGCCAGGGGGGGGCGCCACCGUACCGCAGGAGACUGCGCAUAUUCACAGAGUUAGCAGACGACCUGGAAAUGGAUGACAUCAUUUUCCACAAGCAGCUUCUGCCUCCCCACCAGGGUAAAGAAGGCCUGGGGUCGCGACCUCUGCCAGGGUGCAGUGCCCGGCCUGUCUCCUCCCACCUCGCUGCCCUCGCUGUCUCACUGACUCUCCUCGGAUCCCACUGACCGACCCUGUGAGCUCGGACACUUGAACACUCGGGCCCAUCGAGGGGCCACACCACCCAGUACCUCCCAGUACCACCCAGUACCUCCCAGUACCACCCAGUACCUCCCUGUACCAUCCAGUACCUCCCAGUAUAUCCCAGUACCAUCCAGUACCACCCAUUACCUCCCAGUACUUUCCAGUACCCCCCAGUACUUCCCAGUACCAUCCAUUAUCUCCCAGUACCUCCCAAUACCACCCAAUACUUCCCAGUACCACCCAGCUUGUAAAUAACUGUGCUGUCAGCGGCUUCGUGUUGUUACUGUGCUCAGUGUUACUUUUGGCAAAACUUGAAUCUUGCAGGGCUGGAGGCAGGAUUCCUUUUCACUGCUUGUAGGUUUGAUCCAGCCGUUUCACUGUUAGCACUCUGUGCUUGAGUGUGAGCAGGGGGUGUUCAUGUCAGGACCGCAAGCAGAGUGUAAAAGAGCCAGACUCCACUGCAGGAGUGGUUCUAGAUCUUUCAACCUCACGACAGGAACGGAAUCCAAAACGACCCUCCCCUUUUCUGUAACACAGAACUCACACACAAAAAUAGUUUGCAUUCCAGCUUAGUAUAUAGACAUUAUAAAUGCAGAUGCCUAAUUAACUUGUAAAAAUACCCCAGAAAACUCCAAAUAAAAUAUCUAUAUGUACCAAAGUCCCGGGGAAACAGCAAAGACUCUGCCUUCCAGCCCUCGAGUUUUGCCUUGUCUUUCAGGGACAUUCUUUAAUGUAUUGUACAGUGUUGAUGUGUAUACCUUGCUCACAUCACCUCUCUUUGGAUGUAGCUCACUGAGAAUAUACCACUCCCUCUUGCACAGGCAGGCCAGGGGGGUGCGGUGGCACAGCUUCGAACCAGCAGCAGUGAGUUAUCACCCCAGCUGUUCCACUAACCCCCUCUGCUGAAUCAUCAGGAUUUUAAGCAAUACCUGGACUGGGGAUGGGGGACUGCUGUUAAUAUACUGCAAGUUUGAAUUCAAGUUGUAUCAGGUGUUCUUGACAAAAUAUACGUCUGACAUCUACUGCUGUGCAAGGUACGCGUAGUAAAUUCACUCGGUGAUGAUGUCAUCGGAUUGAGAUUAUCACAGGAUCAUGUGCCUGGUAACCAGUACAGAGAGAAGAGCGGGCAGACCUUGUUUGUGUGUAUAAAUAGAUCGGUCUCUCUCAGUCAGUUUUCUUCUACCCUAAAAUACUGCAACUGCUACCUGGAGUUCUGGAUUUGGAUUCAGAUCUGGGGUCAGGGAUAUUGGACAGCCAUGUGGCCCAUAUUAAUCUCAGUCUCAUAUAUGAUGAACCCUAUACCAGAUCCCCACAGCAGCGUGCUCUACCCAGGGGCAGCACCGCCCAGCUCUGCACCGCUGCAGUGUGCUCUACCCAGGGGCAACACCCCCCAGCUCUGCACCGCGGCAGCGUGUUCUACCCAGGGGCAGUGUGUUCUACCCAGGGGCAGCACCGCCCAGCUCUGCACCGCUGCAGUGUGCUCUACCCAGGGGCAGCACCCCCCAUUUCUGCACCGCUGCAGUGUGCUCUACCCAGGGGCAGCGCCUCCCAGCUCUACACCAUGGCAGCGUGUUCUACCCAGGGGCAGUGUGCUCUACCCAGGGGCAGCACCGCCCAGCUCUGCACCGCUGCAGUGUGCUCUACCCAGGGGCAGCGCCUCCCAGCUCUGCACCACGGCAGGGGGAGCACUGCAGCUGCAGCCCCGGUUAGGUCAGAGUCGUUACUCUUCUGUCCGUCUCUCUCACUGAAAAUCAGAACCAUCCUUUUAAAAUGAUGUGUUUUUGAAAAACUGAGUAAAUGCCACAAAAUAAUAAUACACAUGGCAAAAUACAAUUUCCAUUAAAAUAAUAAUAAUGAUAAUUAAAAACAGGGAUUGCUAUUGCUGAUUGAGUCUUGUACUGUAUAUGAGCACCGGGGUGUAGUCAGUGCAUCACUGUGGUUUGCAGUGAGCAGGAGAGAUCAUCUGUGGCUGGAUGGCUGGAUGUCUGAUGAGUGGGUUCUGUGAAUCUUGUUCUUCCUGCAUGUCUGUGUGUACUGUAUGUGUGUCUGGCUGUGUGGGACUGUGUGCAUUCAUCUCUGUAAGUAUGCAUGUCUGCGUGGAGUUGUGCACUACAGCAAACCCCCAGAGAGAAAAUGCGCUUCACUCACAACAAGAGCUGAAUUUAUCUUUAGCGGCAGGCAGAGUUCCCAGUCUCCCACC